CUUAGAGCGACUGCAAGCUCCUUCCCAGCGUGUGACACCUUCGUUACACUCUCGGUAUACAGAGCUCUGCGAACGGGAUAUCGCUAUGAGGAGCUUGAGUUGACAGUUCGUUAUUUGGAGAUUUGGACAUGGAUGCAUUGCAUAAAGCUAUAUGUGCUGGGCAGAUUGAUGCAGUAAAGAAGCAGGUUGAGGCGGGUGUUGAUGUCAACCAUGUGUAUGGCAUGCAAGGAACAGCUCUGUGUAACGCCAUUUCCUCGCAUCAAACACGCAUCGCUGAGUAUUUGGUAGGGGCUGGUUGUGAUGUUAACGCUACUGAUUAUGAUGGAGAGCCGCCACUGUUGCUUGCCUUAAGGAAAGAUGACUUAGCAGUUGCAAAGACAUUAAUCGAUCAUGAACUUUGUAAUCUUAACAAUGUCGACCCUGUGACAAAACAGACUGCUCUCUGCUAUGCCUCAUUGAACAGGUUAGUUGACAUUGUAGUUCAACUAGUUGAAAGUGGUCGUUGUGAUGUGACGAAAUCUGACACUGACAACAAUACUGCAAUGCAUCUGGCUGUGUUGAAGCAGCACCAAGAUGUCCUGAAGAUUCUGUCUAGAAUUCCAGAGCUGAAGACUCUGUGGAACAAGGGUGGACUUGCGCCGCUCCACAUCGCUGCACUGAAUGGGGAUAUUGAAACUUUAGACCUGCUGUAUCCUAGCAACACAGGAGCCCAACAUACUCUGAUGGAGCCAUUAUUUGGGAAAGUGGACUUUGAGACUAGCAGUAAGCAUCCAACCAAAGAUCUGAGCAUAAGAACUCGCUACACCAAUGAUACCCCGUUACACUACGCUGUGAGAGAGAGUCAUCGACAAAUGGUGGAAACACUCAUCAAAAGAGGGGUUAACAUCGAUGCUCAGAACAACGUGGCUCAGACACCAUUGCUGAUUGCAUGUGGGAACAAUGACCUUGACAUUGUUCUGCUCUUACUGGAAAACAGAGCAGAACCAAACACACUGGGCACGCUCAGCAACAUCACAGACUCCGUGACCAUCCUGUUGCUGAGAGAUCGGCAGAUCAGUCCACUGGGUGCUGCUGCAUACUGUGAUAACUUGCCUCUAGCUGAGACUCUGGUCCAUCAUGGAGCGGACAUGAACAGGAAGGAUGAUCGGGGCCAGACCCCUCUCUUUGUUGCCUUCAUUCAGAAUUCUCCUGACACAGCCAUGUUCCUGCUGUGCACGGCUCUGGAACAAGCCGUGGACAUCUCAUCCCACAACUACUGCGGUGACACCCUGCUCCAUGCUGUUGUCCGGUGCACGGAGAAAGCGUAUGAGUUGUCAUGUUUCCUCAUAGGGUUGGGAUGCCCAACAGGUGUCCGGAAUCGCCUAGGUAACCUGCCAAUCCACGAAGCUAUUGCUCAUGAGAAUGAAGAUGUAGUCCGAGCUAUUGUUGAUGAAGGUGGUGACGUUACAGAACUCGACAGGAGUGGGACGUCACCCAUGCAUUUGGCAGCCUUAGUGGGAAAUAUAGAAAUUGCAAAAUUUCUCUUAGCUCACGGCGCUGACAUCAAUGAAUUGUCAGACUGUGGCAAGACUCCUCUCUUCAUGGCUCUAGAAUCAGAAAUGGUGACAUUUGCCCAGUUCCUAGUCAGGAGUGGAUGUAAACUGACAAUGGAGAGGUACCUGUACGAGGAUUUUGACUUUGAUCAUAGUGACGAGGAAGACCUUCCGAUGAUUCUCCUGGACGAGGAGGGCUUCCAUGAAUGGCUGAAGGUCCAAGCAGGGACUCCGCAGAGCCUGCUGACUCUGACUCUUGAGAGUAUCAGGGAUGUCUACAGGAAGAAUCCAAGCACUUUCAUCAACAUAUCAUCACUUCCACUCCCAGCCAAGCUGGUUGACAAACUGCUGUACAGAGACCUUGUGGUGGAGGAGGAGAUGUAGAUCUGAUGUCACUCCCAGCCACACUGGUUGACAAACUGCUGUACAGAGACCUUGUGGUGGAGGAGAUGUAGAUCUGAUGUCACUCCCAGCCAAGCUGGUUGACAAACUGUUGUACAGGGACCUUGUGGUGGAGGAGGAGAUGUAGAUCUGAUGUCACUCCCAGCCAUGCUGGAUGACAAACUGCUGUAUUGAGACCUUGUGGUGGAGGAGGAGAUGUAGAUCUGAUGUCACUCCCAGCCACACUGGUUGACAAACUGCUGUACAGGGACCUUGUGGUGGAGGAGGAGAUGUAGAUCUGAUGUCACUCCCAGCCAUGCUGGUUGACAAACUGCUGUACAGUGACCUUGUGGUGGAGGAGGAGAGGUAGAUCUGAUGUCACUCCCAGCCACGCUGGUUGACAAACUGCUGUACAGGGACCUUGUGGUGGAGGAGGAGAUGUAGAUCUGAUGUCACUCCCAGCCAUGCUGGUUGACAAACUGCUGUACAGUGACCUUGUGGUGGUGGAGGAGAUGUAGAUCUGAUGUCACUCCCAGCCACGCUGGUUGACAAACUGCUGUACAGGGACCUAGUGGUGGAGGAGGAGAUGUAGAUCUGAUGUCACUCCCAGCCAUGCUGGUUGACAAACUGCUGUACAGGGACCUCGUGGUGGAGCAGGAGAUGUAGAUCUGAUGUCACUCCCAGCCACGCUGGUUGACAAACUGUUGUACAGAGACCUUGUGGUGGUGGAGGAGAUGUAGAUCUGAUGUCACUCUCAGCCAAGCUGGUUGACAAACUGCUGUACAGGGACCUUGUGGUGGAGGAGGAGAUGUAGAUCUGAUGUCACUCCCAGCCAAGCUGGUUGACAAACUGCUGUACAGGGACCUUGUGGUGGAGGAGGAGAUGUAGAUCUGAUGUCACUCCCAGCCACGCUGGUUGACAAACUGUUGUACAGAGACCUUGUGGUGGUGGAGGAGAUGUAGAUCUGAUGUCACUCUCAGCCAAGCUGGUUGACAAACUGCUGUACAGGGACCUUGUGGUGGAGGAGGAGAUGUAGAUCUGAUGUCACUCCCAGCCACGCUGGUUGACAAACUGUUGUACAGAGACCUUGUGGUGGUGGAGGAGAUGUAGAUCUGAUGUCACUCUCAGCCAAGCUGGUUGAUUAACUGCUGUACAGGGACCUUGUGGUGGAGGAGGAGAUGUAGAUCUGAUGUCACUCCCAGCCACGCUGGUUGACAAACUGUUGUACAGAGACCUUGUGGUGGAGGAGGAGAUGUAGAUCUGAUGUCACUCCCAGCCACACUGGUUGACAAACUGCUGUACAGGGACCUUGUGGUGGAGGAGGAGAUGUAGAUCUGAUGUCACUCUCAGCCAUGCUGGUUGACAAACUGUUGUACAGGGACCUUGUGGUGGAGGAGGAGAUGUAGAUCUGAUGUCACUCCCGGCCAUGCUGGUUGACAAACUGCUGUACAGGGACCUUGUGGUGGAGGAGGAGAUGUAGAUCUGAUGUCACUCCCAGCCACACUGGUUGACAAACUGCUGUACAGGGACCUUGUGGUGGAGGAGGAGAUGUAGAUCUGAUGUCACUCCCAGCCACACUGGUUGACAAACUGCUGUACAGGGACCUUGUGGUGGAGGAGGAGAUGUAGAUCUGAUGUCACUCCCAGCCAUGCUGGUUGACAAACUGCUGUACAGGGACCUUGUGGUGGAGGAGGAGAUGUAGAUCUGAUGUCACUCCCAGCCAUGCUGGUUGACAAACUGCUGUACAGGGACCUUGUGGUGGAGGAGGAGAUGUAGAUCUGAUGUCACUCCCAGCCAUGCUGGUUGACAAACUGCUGUAUAGGGACCUUGUGGUGGAGGAGGAGAUGUAGAUCUGAUGUCACUCCCAGCCACGCUGGUUGACAAACUGCUGUACAGGGACCUUGUGGUGGAGGAGGAGAUGUAGAUCUGAUGUCAGUUCCAUCCAUGUUGAAAUAUAUGAAUUUAAGAUACCUACUUAUCGUUGAGCUUAAAAGUAUUGUUCACAAUUUGUUGUUAGAAGUGUGACAUUGUUUGCUUUGUUUGGUUUGAUGGAAAGAUGAUUUAUCAUGUUUAUGACCUUGUUUUGAUAGAUGUGUUACAAUGUUUGUUUUGUUUGGUUUGCUGGAAAGUUCCUUUAUCAUGUUUAUGACAUUGUUGGACAUUUACAAUUGAUAUGCUGUGAUAUUUAGUCUAGCAUGCCUUAUUUGGGCAUCUUAACCCAUUAUUUAUUAGUUUUUUCACUUGUGAAGUCAUAAAAUCCCUGUUUGUUGAAGAUUUUCAAUCCAUUGUCAUGAUUGUUGCCACUGUGACCUAUUGGGAUUAUGGUAACAUGGUGCUUCCAUACAUUUCUGUCUCUCUGAGUCUUCACACUCUCUGCCUCAGAUUUUAAAA